GAGUGCAGCGUCUCACCUCGGUGCUUUGUCCCCUCGCACUGUCGCUUUUUUGAGUAGCCCAUUUUUCUCUCUUUAGAUAGGACUGGCUUUUAAUGUUCCGAACGCGUAACUGUCUUUACUGAAGGGACGUGUCCGUUGUAUUUUGGAAACUGUUUACCUUUUUGACAGAUGCACACAUUUCUUACUUUGGAUUUCGCUCAUUGGACUUCUUGUUUAUAAAGAGUUGCAUUCGCGAAUAGACUGCAAUUGGGAGAGGCCAUUCUGAAGGAAAGCUCUUUGUGCUUGGGCACUGUACUUCCAUUUGUGGGCACACACACACACAACACACACACAGCACACACACAGCACACACACAGCACACACACAGCACACACACACACACACGUCAGGAUGAGGGAAGCCUGGAGGUGGCUGUUGGGGCUGUGCCUCCUGACAAGCUCCGCCUCCCCGCUCGGUGGGACCAAUCCCUUUGUGGGGCAGCAGACCCCCCCGGACCCCUGCUACGACGACACGGGCGCAGCCCGCCGCUGCAUCCCCGAGUUCAUCAACGCCGCCUUCGCCAAGGAGGUGGGCGUGUCCAGCGUGUGCGGGCGCCCGCCCUCGCGCUCCUGCAGCGUGGUGGAGCGCAGCGACGAGCGGCCAUCCGUCCGCACCUGCCACGUCUGCGACGCGGCCGACCCCCGCCGCCACCACCCGCCGUCCUACCUGACCGACCUCAACUCCGCCCACAACCUCACCUGCUGGCAGUCGGAGAACCUGCACGCCUCGCCGCACAACGUCACCCUCACCCUCUCGCUGGGCAAAAAGUUCGAGAUCACCUACGUCAGCCUGCAGUUCUGCUCGCCGCGGCCCGAGUCGCUCGCCAUCUACAAGAGCAUGGACUACGGCAAGAGCUGGACGCCGUACCAGUUCUACUCCUCCCAGUGCCGGCGCAUGUACAGCCGGCCCAACAAGGCGGCCAUCACCAAGCAGAACGAGCAGGAGGCCCUGUGCACCGACGGCCACACCGACCUCUACCCCCUCUCCGGGGGGCUCAUCGCCUUCAGCACCCUGGACGGACGACCCUCCGGGAAGGACUUUGACAACAGCCCCGUCCUGCAGGACUGGGUGACAGUCACAGACAUCCGGGUGGUGUUCAGCCGCCCGCAGCUGCCCAGAGAGCUGGGUCUGGGGGCGGGAGGAGGGGCGGGGGCCGGCCGUGACGAGGACCCCCUGUCGGUGUCGGCGGCGCUGCCGGCAUACUUCUACGCGGUGGGCGACUUCCAGGUGGGCGGGCGCUGCAAGUGUAAUGACCACGCCUCCCGCUGUCUGAAGGACAAGGAGGGGAAGCUGGUGUGUGACUGCAAGCACAACACGGAGGGCCCGGAGUGCGACCGCUGCAAGCCUUUCCACUACGACCGGCCCUGGCAACGCGCCAGCGCGCGCGAGGCCAACGAGUGUCUGCCCUGUAACUGCAACCUCCACGCCCGGCGCUGCCGCUUCAACAUGGAGCUGUACAAGCUGUCAGGGAGGAAGAGCGGAGGGGUCUGCAUGAACUGCCGCCACAACACCGCGGGCCGUCACUGCCACUACUGCAAGGAGGGAUUCUACCGGGACAUGGCCCGACCCAUCACCCACCGCCGAGCCUGCAAAGCUUGUGACUGCCACCCGGUGGGCGCGGCAGGGAAGACGUGUAACCAGACGACAGGCCAGUGCCCCUGCAAGGACGGGGUGACGGGCAUCACCUGUAAUCGCUGUGCCAAGGGCUACCAGCAGAGUCGCUCGCCAGUGGCACCAUGCAUCAAAAUCCCAGUGGUCAACCCAACCGCCAUGGUUAGCAGCACAGAAGAACCAGCAGACUGUGAAUCCUACUGCAAGCCCGUGAAAGGGAAUCUCAAGAUCAACAUGAAGAAGUACUGCAAAAAAGACUAUGCGGUGCAAGUCAACGUGCUGGACAUGGAGACGAUGGGGGACUGGGCCAAGUUCUCCGUCAACGUGGUGUCCGUCUACAAGAGCCGCGGUGAGCCACUGAAGCGCGGUGACAACAUCCUGUGGAUCCACAUGAAGGACCUGGCCUGCAAGUGCCCCAAGAUCCAAAUGAGCAAGCGAUUCCUGGUCAUGGGUACCAGUGAGGGCGGGCCGGGGGCGGGGCCAGGGGUGCCGGCAGGGGGCGGGGCUGGAGCGGCAGCGGCGCCCGGUACCGGUAGUCUCCUGGCCGACAAGAACAGCCUGGUGAUCCAGUGGAGGGACGUUUGGACACGGCGCCUCCGGAAGUUCCAGCGCAAAGAGAAGAAGGGGAAGUGCAGCAAAGCAUGAUGGGACAGCAGUACCCAUCCCCUCCUAUUGGACCCUCCCUCCACAACCCCUCGCCUCAGCCUGGCCCUACUGUUCCUCCGAUCCGUACGCCACAACCCUCUUCCUGGCUCUCAGCUAUUUACUGCUGGAUAGAAUACGACUUUGUAUCGUCCCCACCUCCUCCCUCUUUCCCCCCCCGUAGCGUGGGGACACUGCACAGUAAAAAGACUGCAUGUAUCUUGCCUGUUUUAAGGACCACUCUUGUGUAUAUUGUAUAAUUAUUUCUUCAGUUUCAUUGUCGGAGUGUGACUGUCUGUUUUCAAUUGGUCUGCCUUGAAAAGGGACCAUUAAAAAGGGUUCGAAGUGUAGACAAAAAGCGGAUGCCAUUCCCUCCUCUCGACAAAGACAGCAAACAUGUCCACUCUUCUCCCCCAUACCAGGCCCUCCCUCCCUCCCCCGCCACGCUCUCCCCCUCUCCCCUCCUGACACCAUCGCUUUGUAAAACUAGCGACGUUCACGAGGAGUAUCGACGGAGCCGGGAUAAUCAGAGAGAUUGACUGACCUAAAGCAUCGACUUGCCACUCCAAACCAACGACAAGACACACCGCACAAACUCAGCUUGCUUGCCUCCACCUGUCUGUUCCACAGGUUAAACCCCAACUUCAUCAACACAGCAUGGGCUGAAACACUGGCAAUUCCGCCCUCAGCUAUGGGAACUGUAGACCACAAGAGUAUGAGCAAACAUUGCGUCAUUCACCUCUUAGCACAUUAUCACAACCUCACCACUGCAACCUCUUGAUGUUCCAAGGGCUACUCCCAACAGGGGUAUUUUUCACCGCAAACCUCAAUCUGACCACCACAGCCACUAAAACAACCUUCUGCAUAGACGACUGCAGACGUGUUUGACCCUGAGUCAAAUGCCUCUGAUUGCAGUUCCAUUGGGUUAGCUUCUUAGAACCCCCUGCUAUCAGCACACCACCUCGCGCCACUGCUCCCCAGAAUUAUACAUCCCCACUCGGGCUGCGUAGACCCCACUUUCAUGUGUAAGUGAAGGCUCAAACCUCAAUAGCUCUCAUGAUGGGAAUUGUAGUCAUGCAUCACAAUUAAGACUCAUUGUUGUUUUUGUUUUUUGUUUUUUUUUCCUUCAAGCAAGACUCAAGCAAAGCAGUACCCACGUUUUUAGUGAACUGCAGACAGCCUUCCAUUGUAAAGUUAUAAGACAGCCUUCUGUUGAAAGGUUAUAAAAAGUGUCCAUACAUGUGUAUUACUAUGUGACCAGAGUUUGUCAAGUACUCUUUUAUUUUUGUGUCUUUUCUUAGGUUUUUGUUCUUAAUUGCUACUUUUGAUGGCAGGUAAUCGCUUGCCAAAAUUAGAGAAUAUGAAUGUGGUUUCCUAUUCAUGUUAAAAGAUAUCUUGGAUACAUGCUAUACUUUUCCACUGCAGUUUAGGUUGACAAAAUGAAUGAGGAUGAAAACUUAUACCAUACAUGUGCUCCGUGAUUGUAUUACAACGCAAGAAUAUAUUUCAACCUUCAUGUUUUUCUCUCUUUUUUCUUUUUUUUUCUUGUUUGCAUGUUUGUGGUUUUGCCGGUCCGUCCUGAGAAAAGCAGACUUCCCAGUGAAUUAAGAUUAGCCAAUGUUAACAUCACAAUCCAGACAAAAAGCUCCAGUCAUCCUCCACCACAAACCGGCCCAUUGUGUCCUUCUCAUCCUCUGCCAAAAAAAAAAAAAAAGAAGAAAUGCCAGUUUUUAAAUUAAAUCAUGACAAUUUAAAAUCACGAUUGACACAACCCACAAGAUUGCCUGUUUGCUCUCCCUGGUUUGUGUUUGUCUUUAUCCUUAUUUCCUUUUGGAAACGCAUUCAAAUUAAUUCAAUAUGAACGCUAAGAAAUAGCGUGUGUCAACUAGCUGGCUCACCAUUAGCAUGCUAACAGGCAAUCAUCUGAUGCUAGCUCCCCAUGCUAGCGGUUUUGCCAUGUUGGCUGCGCUGCAGUGGUAUGUUUAGUUUGUCCUGUGUCCAUGCUUCCCAGAGGAUCCUGUUUUGUUGUCCGUGUCAGCCCCCUGUUUGUCUCUAACUACGGUACGUGACAGAUGCUGAAAAUGCAGCCAAAACUAUUUUCAGUGGUGUAGGUCAUGUUUAAAUUUUCUGACUGAAUGUAUAUUGUAAAUUACUAAAUGUAAGAACACGCAUACACGCAGACAUACUGUGGGGUAUGACAGUACUUUCUAUGAGAUUAUGUUGUUGAAAUAAGAAUGUGAUCUGGCCGCUGACAUUUAAAACUUGUCGUGGAGUUUUACUUUCUUUGCAAUUACGUUUUUGAAUAAGGGUAGGAUGUAGCUAGCUAUAAGAACAGGCAUGGCUUUCUCUGCAUUAUCAACAUCCCGUCACAUUUAGCAGAGCAUUGUCCUCUGAACCAAUCCAAAACCAAUCCAUUACCAAAGGGAGAUAAGAUUAUCCAGCCAUAAAUAUCGGUGUAAUAUUUCCCACCCGUAUACAGACAUCUGUAAGCGCUAACAUUGCAGAGGAGAGAGUAUUCCCUCGGAGGAAUUCCCACUGAUGGAAUUUCUCAAAAAUGCAGAACCAAACGGUCUAAUAUUUAUGUACGGCUGCCAUGACAGUCUGUCAAACAGGUGGUCCAGUAGCACCCGUUUCCUGGUCUGGUAUGUGGCUAGCGUGGGCUUGUGUGAUGGAUAGGAACGUUACGUGUCGAACAGGCCUCUGUCAGACUCAAACAUGUCACCAGCUUCCUCAUGAAAGGCUACUGUACAGUUGACACAGCCUGUUCCCUUCUGCACAAACAGGAACUUGCAUCUGAGGAACGACUGCUCUUUAACGACUGCUCUUUACCCCUCUUCAGUUCUGUCUUCCUCCCUUCUUUCCUCUUCUCGUUCUUUCUCUGCCUCUCUUUGCCUGUUUCUUUCCAUCUCUCUGUAUGUACUUCCAGGAGUGCCUACCCAUUCAGCAGAUGUUGUUUAGGGACUGAAGCUUGGCUCUCAUGAAAGCUGUUUAGUAAUCUUCAUAGAGAUUGUCCCCCUGGAGUUACCUCAAAGUUACGUCAACAAGCCCAGCAGCUUGGCAAAGGAACUGAGGUUCUAACUCUCAGUCUUUGUUCCUCUCCUGUGUAUUUAUAACGCUCACAGGUGUGUGUGUGUGUUUGUGUGCGUGUAGGUGUGUGAGUGUGUGUUUUUGUCUAGUCAUGUACGUGUCUCAUUAAAGUAGCUAAAUAAAAGCAUGAUACAAUGCAGGUGACCCUAUGAGAGAAUGGAAAGCACUGGGGUCCACAUUCAAAGUGGAUGUGAAAGAUAAUUCACUCAAUUUAUGUGCCAUUUGUGCAUCUACUUAAGAAGAAUGAACAAACAAACAGAUGAUACAGUUAUCACCUUAGGCAGCUCUUUUGGCAGAGUGACCCCUCCCUAUUUGCCUGUGUUGUUCACUCUUUCAGCUGUGCUGGUGCCUGGCCUGCCCAGAUGCGGUGAGCUACUAUUGUAACUACUACUGUGGUAACAUCCGGUAUCACUUCUACCAAUGUGUAUCUAAAGUAAAGCUUGGCUAACAAGUGGAAACAUUGAAUUUAAUUGACAUUGAUCAGAACAUGACUGAAAUGAAAGUUCUUUUUAUCAAACCUAGUUAUGUUCCCGACGACACUAUGGCCCCAGUGGCCAAUGAGAUACGACACCACUCUGCAACCCAGUGGAUGAUGGUGUUGCCACGGACACAAUGUCCUCCCGUCAACCUCUCCUCUUACGAUCGAGUCUUCCUUGUAAAUGUUCCUCUGAUGCAAUGACCACUGACUUUUUAAUCGUAAAUGAAAAAUAAAUUAUUAGUUAAUGACU